AUGAGUAUUUCUGGUAACGACGUCAAACGAUCAUCUUUUCCCGUCGGUGAAUCAGGUACGAGUGUAACAACUGUAACAUUCGGUCAUCGUUCCAGUAAAUUAUUGGCAACGGGUAGUGAUGAUAAUGCCAUACAUAUUUAUUUAAUUGGUCAACCAACAUCAUUACUUACAUCACGAUGUCAAACAAGUGCCAUAACUGCAUUAAGAUUUUCAAAUGAAGAAAAUUUAUUAGCAUCAGGUAGUCGUUCGGGUGCAGUUAAAAUUUGUGAUCUUGAAAGUCAAAAAGUUAUAUAUCCUGGUGGUCAUAAAACAUGUAUACGUUCAAUUGAAUAUUUUCCAUCAAGUAAUAAUUUUCUAGCAACAGGCGCUGUUGAUGGUACAGCAAAGCUUUGGGAUCCAAGACGAAAAGGUUUUAUAUUCAAUUAUAAAGGACAUAAUGGAGCUAUAAAUGCAUUGAAAUUUUCUCCCGAUGGUCGAUUUUUAAUUUCUGCCUCAGAUGAUACAGCUAUUCGAAUGUGGGAUGUUACAGCUGGUAAAGUAUUAAAAGCUUUUCAAGAACAUCAAGGACCUGUAUGUACAGUCGAAUAUCAUCCAAAAGAACUUUUACUUGCAUCAGGUGGUGCUGAUAGAAAAAUUAAAUUUUGGGAUCUUGAAAAACUUCAAUUUAUUUGUGAAACAGAAAUAGAAACAUCAGCAAUUAGAUGUUUAGCAUUUGAACCAACAAAUGCUAGUUAUGUACUUUCAGGAUCAAAUGAUAUGUUACGUGUUUAUAAUUGGGAACCAGUUCAAUUACUUGAUACUGUUCAAAUGGGCUGGAAAAAUAUUCUGGAUAUGACUAUACAUAAAGAACAACUUGUAUGUCUUUAUUA